CCUAGGCUUCGCACGGCGGAAAAGGCCGCUGGGGGCCGCUCUGGCCCACUGGAGGACUUGUCAUCGGUGCCUGGCGGCGUACGGCGGCGGUGGGCGGGUCCGUCGUGAGUUGGUAGCGAUCCAGGUGCAUCGCCUCAGCUGCUCGGGGACUUGUCAUCUGUGCCCAGUAGCGGUGGACGAGUCUGACGUGAGACUGGGGAGCCGUCCCGGUGCCUCGGCUCUGCUGCUUCGUCUCCGGAGUGUUGUGGCGGUGGCGCGGCGGGAGGUGUGGAGGCUCAUGGCGAGGUUUAGUACAUUCAGAAGGACUAAUAUCAUACUGCAACAUUUGAGAAUGUCCAAGCACACAGAUGCAGCAGGAGACGUACUGUUGGAACGAAAAGGUUGUGCAGGAGUGAUAACACUUAACAGGCCAAAGUUCCUAAAUGCACUGAAUCUUGAUAUGAUUCGACAGAUUUAUCCACAGCUAAAGAGGUGGGAACAAGAUCCUGAAACUUUCCUGAUCAUUAUAAAGGGAACUGGAGGAAAGGCUUUCUGUGCUGGGGGUGAUGUCAGAGCAAUCGCAGAAGCUAGAAAGACAAAACAGAAGAUGCCUCAAGAUUUCUUCAGAGAAGAAUAUAUGCUGAACAGUGCCAUUGGUUCUUGCCAGAAACCUUAUGUGGCCCUUAUUCAUGGAAUUACAAUGGGUGGGGGAGUUGGUCUCUCAGUUCAUGGGCAAUUUCGAGUGGCUACAGAAAAGUCUCUUUUUGCAAUGCCAGAAACAGCAAUAGGAUUAUUUCCUGAUGUGGGUGGAGGUUAUUUCUUGCCAAGACUUCAAGGAAAACUUGGUUACUUCCUUGCAUUAACAGGAUUCAGACUAAAAGGAAGAGAUGUGUACAGAGCAGGAAUUGCUACACACUUUGUAGAUUCUGAAAAGUUGAGCAUGCUAGAGGAAGAUUUGUUAGCCUUGAAAUCUCCUUCAAAAGAAAAUAUUGCAGAUGUCUUAGAAUCUUACCAUACAGAGUCCAAGAUUGAUAAAGACAAGUCUUUUGUACUUGAGGAACACAUGGACAAAAUAAACAGUUGUUUUUCAGCCAAUACCAUGGAGCAGAUUAUUGAAAACUUACGGCAAGAUGGUUCAUCUUUUGCCCUAGAGCAGUUGAAGGUAAUUAAUAAGAUGUCUCCAACCUCUCUAAAGAUCACACUAAGGCAACUCAUGGAGGGGUCUUCAAAGACCUUGCAGGAAGUAUUAACUAUGGAGUAUCGGCUAAGUCAAGCUUGUAUGGGAGGUCAUGACUUUGGUGAAGGCGUUAGAGCUGUUUUAAUUGAUAAAGACCAGAGUCCAAAGUGGAAACCAGCUGAUCUAAAAGGAGUUACUGAUGAAGAUGUGAAUAAUCACUUUAAGUCUCUAGGAAGUAGUGAUUUGAAGUUUUGAGGUGAUUGGCCUUUUCCAGGUAUAUUUUGGAGCAGUGGUUGGCAAACUACAGCAUAUGGGCCAAAUCUAACUUACUGCCUGUUUUUAUAUAGCUUGCAAGCUAAGAAUGGUUUAUGUAUUUUAAAAUAGUUGGGAAAAGAAUCAGAAAUUAAUAUUUUAUGAUUUGUGAAACUUACAUGAAAUUUAGAUAUCAGAGUUCACAAAUAAAGCUUUAUUAGAACAUAGCUAUCCUCAUGUUUUACAUAUUAUCUGUUGCUACUUUGAAUUGAGUAGUUACAACAGAGAUUGGAUGGCCUACAAAGCCUAAAAUAUUCACUGUCUGGUUCUUGUCUGAAAGAGUUUGCCAACCCCUAUUUUAAAAGAUGGGAAAAUUCAAAGGUCAUUAAAGAUUCUCUUGAGUUAGUAUAUCUAAUUGAAAUGGGAACUAUGUGUGGCUUUUGGUAGUGGUUUAUAUGUUGAUUAAAUAAACUUAGGUAUAGAUUAUCAAAAAUACGCUGAAAGGUUUUUUGG